AUGCUGCCGGGAGCCCAGGCCAAUCCUAAAACAGCCAGAUCCACGCCGACACAUCCGUCUGGGCCCUGGCAGCCGCGGCUCCCUCCCGGCCGGUCCCCCUCGGCCCGUCCCCCUCGGCCCGUCCCCCUCGGCCGGUCCCCCUCGGCCGGUCCCCCUCGGCCCGUCCCCCUCGGCCGGUCCCCCUCGGCCCGUCCCCCUCGGCCCGUCCCCCUCGGCCGGUCCCCCUCGGCCGGUCCCCCUCGGCCCGUCCCCCUCGGCCGGUCCCCCUCGGCCCGUCCCCCUCGGCCCGUCCCCCUCGGCCGGUCCCCCUCGGCCGGUCCCCCUCGGCCCGUCCCCCUCGGCCCGUCCCCCUCGGCCGGUCCCCCUCGGCCGGUCCCCCUCGGCCCGUCCCCCUCGGCCGGUCCCCCUCGGCCCGUCGGCCCUCCCCCUCGGCCCGUCCCCCUCGGCCCGUCCCCCUCGGCCAGUGGCGCUGCUGCAGGAACGGUCCCCGGGGACGCACUUUUAUUGCUUUCUCGCGUCAUUUGUCCGGCGAUUACGGCGAGCCUCCCCCGAACCCAGGGAGACAUCACAAUAUUUCAAUUUAAGGAGGACGUGGGGCUGGUUUGGUUUGUAGAUGUAGAAGCACCAUGUGGAAGCACCAUGUGGAAGCACCAUGUGGAAGCACCAUGUGGAAGCACCAUGUGGAAGAACCAUGUAGAAGCACCAUGUGGAAGCACCAUGUGGAAGCACCAUGUGGAAGCACCAUGUGGAAGAACCAUGUGGAAGCACCAUGUGGAAGAACCAUGUGGAAGCACCAUGUGGAAGAACCAUGUGGAAGCACCAUGUGGAAGCACCAUGUGGAAGCACCAUGUGGAGAGGGGAGUGGACUGGGGAUGGAUGAGAGACAGGACACCGAGGACCCAGAUCCCAGGCCGAGGAUCCCGGAAGCGUCUGUUGGAGCCAGAGCAGAAGAAUCUGUCAAACACCACUUCCCCUGUUCCUCCGUCUGUCUUCAUCCGCCCGGCCCAGGGGGGAGACGGGGGAGACGGGGGAGACGGGGGAGACGGGGGAGACCUGGAGCCUCCUGAGCCAGGCCCAGGCCUCUGA